UGGGCGGGAGUGAGCCAAAGUGUGCUAAAGGAAACCAACAGCGGCCUAGGGGUGAAAGGACAGCCAGGGUUAGAUGUUCUGAAGAGGCGGGAGCAACCGAGAGAGCACGUGAGCAUCUGUCCUUUCUACCUGUUCCUCUUUAUCUUUAGUGUUCGGUAGCAGCGGGGAUAGCCCAGGGCCCGGUGUAUGGCCACGGAGUUACAGUGUCCGGACUCAAUGCCCUGUCACAACCAGCAAGUAAACUCUGCCUCAACCCCAAGUCCCGAGCAGCUGCGACCUGGCGAUCCGAUCCUGGACCAUGCAGGGGGAAACAGAGCCUCCAGGGCCAAGGUGACUCUCCUCACGGGGCACACCCAUUGUAGCCUGCCUGCCGAGCUGGACGCUGGGGCCUGCGUCGGCUCCAGCCUCAACUCAGAGAGCAACAGUGGUAGUGGUGACAGUAGCAGCUAUGACGCACCAGCUGGCAACUCCUUCCUAGGGGACUGCGAACUCUCCCGGCAGAUUGGGGCGCAGCUUAAGCUGCUGCCUAUGAAUGAUCAGAUCCGGGAGCUGCAGACCAUCAUCCGGGACAAGACAGCCAGUAGAGGGGACUUCAUGUUUUCUGCGGAUCGUUUGAUCAGACUUGUUGUGGAAGAGGGAUUGAAUCAGCUGCCAUAUAAGGAAUGCAUGGUGACCACUCCAACAGGGUACAAGUAUGAAGGAGUGAAAUUUGAGAAGGGAAAUUGUGGGGUCAGCAUAAUGAGAAGCGGUGAGGCAAUGGAACAAGGUUUACGAGACUGCUGUCGAUCCAUACGAAUUGGAAAGAUCCUGAUUCAGAGUGAUGAGGAGACACAAAGAGCUAAAGUAUAUUAUGCCAAAUUCCCCCCAGACAUUUACCGGAGAAAAGUCCUUCUGAUGUAUCCAAUUCUCAGCACUGGAAAUACUGUAAUUGAAGCUGUAAAGGUUCUUAUAGAACAUGGAGUUCAACCCAGUGUUAUCAUCCUACUCAGUCUGUUCUCCACUCCUCAUGGUGAGUUCAGCAUGAGGCAGUAACUAGGGCUCCAGAUAGACCUGAGGUGGGUGCCAAAUCAAUCAUUCAGGAGUUUCCAGAGAUCACAAUUUUAACUACUGAAGUUCAUCCUGUUGCACCUACACAUUUUGGACAGAAAUACUUUGGAACAGACUAAGUUAUUUAAGUAAAAUAAUCAUCUUGUGUAAUAGUACAAUCAUGUUUUGAUUUUCUAUUUGUUUUACUGAUUCAACUGAGAGGCAGAGAAGAAUGUGUUAAAAUGCUUUUUAGUUUUGGAAGUGCGUAUAUUUGAGGUUAUAUCUCAUUUAGUUAUUUGUUUACUGUUGGUACCAAAUUCAACAAUGAAGUACAUGCAACUCUUACAAAACAUAAAUUUUAAUAAUAUUCUAAUGCAAAUUACUGAAUCCUCAGUGCAUUAAAAUUAUUUCGUAAUUUAUGAGCCUCUUAGUUUGGAGGUUGCUUGAAGCCACAAAUAAAACUCAAAUGAGAGUCAGUUCUUUGUCCCACUGUAGUUUGCAUUCUGUUUAGUUUGGUUUUAGCUCUAGUAAGGCUUCAUAUAUGUGGCUAUUGCCACAUUCCUGUACUGUUUUCUUUCUGAUACUGGACAUGCUAGUAACUUGGAGAGGAGAAUAAAAGAAUGUCUCCUGGAAUUUUACAUUCCCAUUAAUGUCCUCAUUCAAUUGGCAGACCUAGGAUGUAUGGUUAACUCUCAGGCCAUUAUGUUCUUCAUGGCUCAUUUCCCAAACUGCAUUGUUGGUAGGUGCCUUGCUAAGCUGUAAUGCAGUGAAGAAGAUGGUGGGGCAUUUUCAGUAAUUGGAACUGUAAUAUUAAUUUACAAGAUUGAAUCGGGGAUGUCUGGAAGCUGACAAGGGAGAGCCAAGUACUGUUAAUGCCAUCAAUCGUCUAGGAAGGAAUUGGUGGUUUUUCUGAAGUGUGGGAGAAAGGGUGGUUUCUUGCUGGAUUUCAUGGCCAGUAAGUAAAUUUAAAUGCUUCAUUUUUAAUUUGGAUGUUUCUGCUAGAGACCUUUGUUUUGGAAAUUAGUUAUUUUGCAUGUUUGUCAACUGUAGAUGUAUUAAAAUAGAAAAAAAAAACAUGCUUUUUAUAAAAACGCCUAAGUUUUGUAUAUGUUCAUCUUUAGGCUUCUGAAAGGAGAGAAACCAUUUUGGAAAUCAAUGUUGGUGUUCUGAAAUCUGCUUGUAAAACUCUGAUCUCAUUUUAUAUUGAUAUUAAAACAUUUUAACAGUG